UUUGCUUUUGUUUCCCUAGAUUCUUCCCUCUUGACUCGUCGUCUCUGCAACAAUCUCUCUCUCCCUCUCUCCUCCGAUCAGAUCUCCGGGAACUCUCGCCGCGGAAACUCCGAUUCUCUCUGCUCACUCAUCCAUGACGCUCGGCUCGGGAGGAUCGGGGGUCGUUGUUCCUCGAAAUUUCAGGUUAUUGGAGGAACUUGAGCGUGGAGAAAAAGGAAUUGGAGAUGGCACUGUUAGCUAUGGGAUGGAUGAUGGGGAUGACAUUUACAUGCGGUCUUGGACUGGCACCAUCAUUGGUCCUCACAAUACUGUACAUGAAGGUCGUAUCUACCAGUUGAAGCUGUUCUGCGACAAAGAUUACCCAGAAAAGCCACCCAGUGUUCGUUUUCAUUCACGCAUCAACAUGACAUGCGUUAACCAUGAAACUGGAGUGGUCGAGUCAAAGAAAUUUGGGUUGCUCGCAAAUUGGCAGAGGGAGUACACCAUGGAGGACAUACUGACUCAGCUGAAGAAGGAAAUGGCAGCCCCACACAACAGGAAGCUCGUCCAGCCUCCUGAAGGCACCUAUUUCUAGCUCUGAAUAUGACAUAGAAAUCAAGGGGCAUGUUGCUUUCGCCACAUGCAAUAUAUAGUUUGUAAUGCUGUGUCGAUGCUUUUAAAGUCACGAUGGUGGAAGAGGGGAAUGGCCCUAAGAAAGCCGUCCCCUUUUCCUGGAUUCAUUGUUGUUCUAUCGACUUCUUUCACCUAAACUAUGUCUCAAAAGAUUGUUUAGUGAAUGGAAUUUUAAUCCGCGUGUCAAAA